UUUUAUUCUCAAUCCCAGCUGUAUAAAUAGUCAGCUCAAAAUUACAAAAUACCCCUUUAAAGUUUAGUCAAGAUGCGUCCACUGAUUGCAUUGUUACUAUUGAUAACUGCUUGGAAAAGUAGCCUAUCAGAUCCUAUACUCCCCCGUUUCUAUGAAAACUAUUCAGUGUACAAGAUUUUCAUAAAAACUCGGUCGGAUCAACAGGUUAUCGAUGGACUGCUGAAGGACACAGACAAUUAUAACUUGUGGCAUCGUGGCAUAAAGGUAGUCCACAUAAUGGUGAGCCCUAUGGGAAAAGAUUCUUUCCUAGCUUUAAUGCGAAAGGAAAAUAUUGUUGUGGAAGUACUGAUAAAAAAUGUUCAGACGUAAGUAAAUAAGCAUUUUAAAGUUAAAAUGCUCUGUUUUCAGACUUAUUGAUAGGUACUGACGUGUCGUUGCUUAUCUAGUUUUUAUCCCAUUUAAGCAGUGAUCUUGAACUUUGCAAUAUCAUGAACAAAACUUAAAGCUAAAAUGUGAACGAUGCAGCCUAAUG